GAGAAGAAGCUUUGUUGCCUAGCAUGGUUUGUUCAUAGCAGUAGCUAAAAGAAGCGUUUUAAAGCGGGUCCCUAAAUUAUUAUUAAUACCAAGGGUUGGGAGAGAGAUAAUCUCAUAGUCUUUUGGUCUACUUCGGCAAAAACGCCCAGUUAAAGCUCAGAAAAAAGAAAAUUGUGAACUGAAUCAAGAAGGAGGGAAGUGUGAAGCAUGGCUGUAGACAUGAGAUUACCAACUAUUAAAACAUCAAUGUCUCUGUCAGUUCCUGCUGCUGGCCGAAAGGAUCUGGUUGUCCCCGGAGAUGUUAUCACUUCAGACACCGGCUUUAUGAGGGGACAUGGCACUUACGUUGAUGAAGACAAGCUGACAGCAUCAGUUGCUGGAGAGGUUCAGAGGGUGGACAAGCUAAUAUGUGUCAGACCCCUUAAGACAAGAUUCAAUGGUGAAGUUGGAGAUGUUGUAGUUGGCAGAAUCACAGAGGUUCAACAGAAGCGUUGGAAGGUGGAAACGAACUCCAGACUGGACUCUGUCCUCUUGCUUUCAUCUGUCAACCUGCCUGGUGGAGAACUGAGGAGAAGAUCAGCAGAGGAUGAGCUCACCAUGAGAGAAUACCUUCAUGAAGGCGAUCUCAUCAGUGCAGAGGUGCAGUCUGUCUUCUCAGAUGGGGCCCUGUCACUUCACACUCGCAGUUUAAAGUAUGGAAAAUUGGGUCAAGGAGUGCUGGUGCAGCUUUCUCCUUCACUAAUCAAGAGGCAGAAAACACAUUUCCAUAACCUACCCUGUGGCGCAUCCAUCAUCUUGGGGAAUAACGGCUUUGUGUGGUUGUAUCCAACGCCGGGACAACAGGAACAGGAAGCUGGGGGCUUCUACACCAGUCUGGAGCCUGUAAGCCUGUCAGAUCGGGAGGUGAUUUCUCGGCUGAGAAACUGCCUGCUGGCUUUGGCUGCACAUAAAGUGCUUUUGUACGACACAAGUGUUCUGUAUUGCUACGAGUCCUCCCUCCAGCAUCAGGUCAAGGACAUCUUGAAACCAGAAGUGAUGGAGGAAAUUGUAAUGUUGACACAACAGAAGCUGCUGGAACAGGAAGGUUAAAAACCAGUGUAUAACAAAAAUGUAAUCAAAUCUAAUUCUGAUCUAAAUCUAAUUUUGACCAAAUUAUUUCACAUUAAAAAGCUGGUAUAAAAUUUUUUUUACUUGUUUAGAAAGUUAUCAAAGUGUUUUGAUGAUGUACAAUAUACAAAGU